AUGGUCUGGAUGGUCUUGCCCAGCCCCAUCUCUGGCCUUGUCCCCUGUCCCCCCACAUGUCCUCCUGUGUCCCUGCAUGAUCCCGUGUCCCCGAUAUCCCCAAUGUCCCCCCAUGUCCCCACUGGUGCCUCCAGUAGCUCAGCUUGUGCAGCCCCCAUGUCCCCGUCCCCGCCAUUGGUGCCAGUAGCUGCUCUUGUGCAGCCGUCGUUCCCCCGUGUUCCUGUCUGCCCCCGUGUCCCGCUGUCCCCCAUGUCCCCGUCUCCCGCCAUGUCCCCGCUGUCCCCCGUGUCCCCAGUGUCCCCCGUGUCCCCGUGA